ACAUGCAAGAAUCAACGAUCAACAUGGAUUGUAUUAUUUUUAGGUAUCUUUAAUGGAUAUAUAUUUCUAGGGCAUCCUAAAUAUCUUGAUUCCUGGCAACAUAAUUACAUAUAUCUAUGAGCUCUCCACUCCAAACCACACAACCCGACCCACCAUUCUGGAUAUUCGUAUCCGCAAAUCCGGUAAAGUUACUAAUGCACUUCUCCUUGCAUUCCUUCAACCCGAUUCUCCUAACAUUAUUCUACUAUAAGUGUUUCCAAACAACACAAUAAGUUAUUGUCAAUAACUAAUCUUAUGUCCAAACAAUAUAAAACAUUAGGUCCAGUCUUUUUAAUAACUUUAUAUUUAUCUUCUUAAAAUUAUAUGAUUUAAAACUUCUCAAAGAAUUAAUACGAAGUUGAAAAUAACUAUAACUAUUUUUGCGGGUUUAGAUACUACAAAAAAGCAUAUAAUAUGAAAUUAAUUAAAUUAAUAUGUUUUUUGUUUGCAUUUCAGAAAUAAAAAAAAUUGAAUUCCUUUAAAAAUUAAUAAGUAUUAGAUUGUUAUUCGUAAAUUAUUUUUCUUCAUAGGAACAUAUUAUUAUAUAUGCUAAAUUAUGCUUGGUUUAAGUUAACAUUAAAUAGCUUUAUAUAAAAUAAAUGUUAGAAUCAGUAAAUUAACAUCAAAUAAGUUUUAUAAUUAAAAUUUUAUCAAAUAAGUAUAUAUCACAAAUUUAAUACAACAAACUAAAGAUGUUUUAUUAAAACCUCGUAAUGAUACAUAUUGAAGUAAUUAAAAACAAAAUUAAGUAAUAUUUUAGAUAAUUUUCCUCUUUAAUAAAAUAAUUUAUUAUGUAUGUUUAAAUACACUAAAAUAAAAAUGUUAAAACAUUACUUAUAUAAUAAUGUCAAAAUAUAUUGGUAUUAUAAAUUAGAUUUUUUGUAAAGAUAUUUUCGCGCAUUUAAUCGUAGGUUAUAGUCUAGUAUCUCUUAAAACAUAACAAUUAAAUGCUGAAUUUUAUGAAGUUUUAAUAUAAAGUGAUUAAUGAACAAACGUCUUAUCAAUUAAUUAUGAUUCCUCAAAGCACCAUGUUCAUUGCCCUAUAAAAUCAUCUCUCGUUCAUUGAUACCACUCAAACAUCUACCAAUAUCAAAAGCAAAAGAAAAUAUGACAAAGUCUCUUCACAUUGCAAUGUUUGUAUCUAUAGUAAUGUUAUUCACGUCAAAUUCGAUUUCUUCCCAGGAAAUUGAUCAAUAUUCACAAGAGGCACCAGGAGAUGUGAAGAUAUCUCCCACAUCGGAUUUUGAUAUUUACGUCGAAUAUCCUGAUGAAUCUUCAUUUAAAGAAGCCGAUUCACCCGCACUGGAAGCUGAGGUGAAGUUUGAACAUCAUUACACGGACAAACAGUUCCGUUUUCUUGAGGUUUGCGCUCAAAAGCUGACCUCAUCACACUGUGGAGAUGUUCUUUUCAAGAACAUGGUAGGUGAGGGAACGCCAGUAUUGUUAGCUGAAUGUUGUGCUGAGCUACUAAAGAUUGGAAAAGAUUGUUAUCUAGGAACGGCUCAAGUUAUUUUAUCGACUUACGAGUAUAGAAAUAUUGCGUCUAAGGCUAUUCCGAAAAGCAAACAUACAUGGAAUGAUUGUGUUCGUCUAACUGAGAAUUGAAACUCAGAUGGGCAGUUUGAUCGUUAUUGAGGAACUAAACUAAUUGAUAUUCCAUUGUGAUGAUGUUUUAUAUAUGCGAUUAUGUAACUCACGCGUCAUGAC